CACCUUGGUUUCCGAAAUAUACCAUUUUCUCUUCCGAAUUCCGCUUCCAGCGAAUCCAUUUUUCCGCAAUCCACCGGCGACGCGCCGAGAGCAGGACCGACUCCAUCUACCCUUCUGCUCCCCAUAUGCUCCUCGCUAUCAGCUCCGCCGCCGGCGAGCCUCUCCACUCAAAAGAUUCGAAUCCCCACCACGGCAGCUACGGAGGCCGGAAUCAGACGAAGAAACAAGGGCGAAGAGCGACGACUGGGUUUCAUCGGUGGAGGGAUACGAAAGCGAUUCAUCAGAGUCCUGAGAAGAUGUCAGGGUCAGUGACAGAAAUUGGAGGGCUAAGAGCCUACGCCACUGGUUCUUCUGAUUCCAGCCUCUCCCUUCUCCUUGCUUCUGACGUUUUGGGCUAUGAAACUCCAAAUCUAAGGAAACUGGCUGACAAGGUUGCAGCAGCAGGGUUCUACGUCGUGGUUCCAGACUUCUUCCAUGGGGAUCCAUACGUUCCAGGGUCUGAAAUGCCUGUUUCAGUCUGGAAGGAAGCACACAGACCAGAGAAAGGCGUUGAAGAUGCUAAACAAGUGAUUGCUGCACUGAGAAGCAGCAGUGGCAUGUCUGCAGUUGGAGCUGCAGGUUUUUGCUGGGGUGGUAAGGUGGUUGUGGAACUGGCCAAGUCUGAUGUCAUUCAAGCUGCAGUUUUGCUGCACCCAUCCCAGGUCACCGUGGAUGACAUCGAGGAUGUGAAGAAACCAAUUGCAGUUCUGGGUGCUGAAAUCGACAAGUUUUCUCCACCUGAGCUUCUCAGGCAAUUUGAACAAGUUCUGUCAACCAAAUCAGAGGUUGAAGGAUAUGUGAAGAUAUUUGGAGGGGUUGUCCAUGGAUGGACUACUAAGUACAAAGAUGAAGAUGAGGCAUCCGUCAGGAGUGCUGAGGAAGCACAUCAAAACAUGCUCGACUGGUUCAUCAAAUUCGUCAACUGAAGAAAUAAGGCUUUCGCUCUGAUGAAGAGAAUAAAAAACCAAACAAAAUGCAGAUUAUCACACAGGUUCCAUGUAAUAGCAGAAAUGUUAAAAACAAUCAUGGUGCUCCCAUGCCUCGUCUCUGUUUAUGUAACUUCCUACUUUGCCUUUCAUAGAAAGCAACAUUUUGAUUGUUAAGAGAGCUUUGUAUAGAGGUUGAACAGUUACAUCAACUACUGAGCGACAUGGUACAUGAGGAAAUGGUUUGACACAGAAAAAACAUUCAACCGCCACGAGCCUCUCUCCUGGUAGCAUCGUGAAGCAGAUCUACAUCAACGCCAUCCGGAGGUAGCUGAACAUAUCUAACCACGGACCCCCUGAUGAAACAGUUCCUCACUGAAAGCUGCAAAACAGAAAGAAAAAAAAGGGUAGCCUGUGGGUUAAUUAACUAGGCUGACUAAAAUCAACAGAAAGGAAACGAUGAAGCAAAAAAUAUAAAUAUGAUGGAAGGAUAAUUCUAAUAACUGAAGCAUAUUUGCAUUCACAGGUUUGAAGGACUGAGGAACGUUUAUGAUGACCACUCUAGCAAAGAUAUACAUAAACUUAAGGAUAUCAUAAGCCAGGCAAGACUAUUAGACAAGAAAGUUCAACAUGCCAUCAGUUCACAAAAUUCAACACAUCAACCAUCUGAGAAGCAUUCAACACGUUAGAAACAUGACACAUUUAUCACGAAGGAUUGAUAGAGAAGCGAAUAUAUAAACACAGUAAAAUGGAAGGAAAAACCAUACUUGAAGGUCUAUGUACCUGAAAAGCUGUCAGGAGACCUAUACUUCAAUCAGGCAGACAACUAGGGAACUUUGAUAGAGCAGGAGCAACUAUAAGAUACUUCACUGAAGAGGGUAAAAGAGAUGAACUUUGAAAAGGUCUGAUCAAAUGACGAAAACAUCCUUUAUUUCCUUCUUGCUAAAAAUUGAAAAUGCAACAUCUGAACCCUGUUGUAAGCUAUUAAAUGGAUACUCAUAGGGCCAGGCUAAAGUUUGUUAAAAC